ACGGGAACCACACACACACAGCCAGCACUCAUCCUGAGAGCCACACACACCUAUGCUGACCUUUUGGCAGUCGAUGGCACGUAUCACCAUGGUUGAUUUCCGUCAGCACAAAGACACGAUGACGUAUUGUUCCAGUGACGCACGCUCAAAGAAGCAGGCAAAUGAAUGAAUGGCACGUCCACAGGCAUGGAUUCAAACUGCACAGAUGGGGUUAGCCCUGCAGAUGGGCUAGGUAAAACCUCUCCAGGAAUGAUCCUCCUCUCCCUCACUCUGUCUGUGCUGGCUGUGCUGACCACUGCUAUCAACUCUUUAGUCAUCACUGCCAUCAUUGUCACUCGCAAACUCCACCACCCUGCCAACUAUCUCAUCUGCUCACUGGCAGUGACGGACCUGCUGGUGGCUGUCUUGGUCAUGCCCUUCAGCAUUGUCUACAUCGUGAAGGACACUUGGGUAAUGGGCCAGGUGAUGUGCAACAUUUGGCUCAGCGUGGACAUCACGUGCUGCACAUGCUCCAUCCUGCACCUGGCCGCGAUUGCCGUGGAUCGAUAUCGUGCCAUCACAGAUGCUGUGGAAUACUCCAGGAAGAGAACGUCUUUUAGGGCCGCACUCAUGAUCAGCGUGGUGUGGCUGCUAUCCAUUAUCAUUUCCCUGCCUCCACUGAUCUGGAGACAACACAAAGAAAACCAGUGCCUCAUAAAGCAUGACCACAUUGCAUUCGCACUGUACUCCACCUUUGGGGCCUUCUACAUCCCCCUCAUACUCAUCCUUAUCCUUUACUACAAGAUAUACCGAGCAGCUAAGAUCCUUUACCACAAAAGAGGGACAAGCCGCUUGACCAAGACUGAAAUGAACGGUCACAUGAUCCCUAAAUGCUCAGACAGGGAGCAGCAAAGCCCUGAUGCUCUCAGUCCACCAGAGAAGUCUUUGUCAGAGCCCUCAACGGAGGGCGACAGGGUACGCAUCACUGCAAAGAGCCCAAACUUCCAGUCUCGCAGAGAAAAGUCAAUCAGAAGACAGCGGAUAUCAGGCACACGUGAGAGGAAGGCGGCCACAACCCUGGGCCUCAUUCUUGGAGCAUUUGUAAUUUGUUGGCUGCCCUUCUUCAUUCAGGAAGUGAUAGUUAACACCUGCUCCAGCUGUAGCCCCUCCAGCGAGUUAGCCAACUUUCUGACCUGGCUUGGAUACCUUAACUCACUCAUCAACCCCCUCAUUUACACCAUUUUUAAUGAGGACUUCAAGAAGGCCUUUCAAAAGCUGGUAAAGUGUCAGAAUUAUCUCUGA